UUGUUCGUGACAGGAGAACAUUCUGAUGAGGAUCCACUUCCACAUCGCCGACGAGUCCAAAGAAGACAUCUGCACGGCCAGGCAUUGCAUCCCGCACCAGAAGUUCGCCAUGAUGCUCUUCGAACAGUGUGUGUGCAGCAGCUGCGGCGCAUCUUCGGACCCGCUGCCCUUUAUUCAGAUGGUCCAUUACAUCUCCACCACCUCCCUUUGUAACCAGGCGGUGAAGAUGCUGGAGUCCCGACAGAACGCCACCCCGGCAAUGUUCGGGGAGCUGCUGCGGAAGGCCAGCAUGGGCGACCUGCGCGAUUGUCCCAGUCAGUGUGGCCAGCAGCUGCGGAUGGCUCGCGUCCUCCUGAACAGUCCGGAGAUCAUCACCAUCGGCCUGGUGUGGGACUCGGAGCACUCCAACCUGGCCGAGGACGUCAUCCACACCUUGGGAACGUGCCUGCGCCUGGGAGACUUGUUUUACAGAGUGACGGAGGAGAAGGCCCGCCAGGCGGAGCUCUACCUAGUGGGCGUGGUGUGUUACUACGGCCGCCACUACUCCACCUUCUUCUUCCAAACCAAAAUACGACGCUGGAUGUACUUUGACGACGCGCACGUCAAGGAGAUCGGGCCCAAGUGGAAGGACGUGGUGUCGCGCUGCAUCAAGGGCCACUACCAGCCCCUCCUGCUGCUGUACGCCGACCCCCGCGGCACGCCGGUGCCGUCCCAGGACUCGGCGCCGCAGCAUCGCGCCAACAAGCCGUGCUACGACAGCGAGGACUCGGGCCGCGAGCCGUCCAUCUCCAGCGACACUCGCACGGACUCAUCCACGGAGAGCACCUCCUCCCGACAGCCCGCGCCUUCGCACCAUGAGCCCCCGGCCUCUCAACGCCCCCCAGACCCACCCGCAGGCGCCGUCCGCCCCCGACGCCCCGUCGCGCCGCGCCACGCCUCGCUCUGCAGUCUGGAUGCCAUAGGCCACGCGGCGGACGCCGAGCGGCGGCAGACUCUGAGGACGGGAGGCCCGGCCCCGGCUCGGGACAGGAGGCGCGGCUCCAGCCGCCUCCGCAGAGCCAAAGCGGACAACGAAGCCCCUUCGGCCGGUUACCACAGCGAGGGAGAGACACUGAAGGAGCGGCAGGUCCCUCGCCAGGCCCCCAUAUCCUCCUCCUCAAGCAGCCGUCUCCGUGACUUGAGGGAAAGCAUGAGCAACAUGCUCCACAGCCGAACCCUCUCCACCUCCUCUCUGCCGGCCGCCGGCAUCGUCUCCUCCGGUACCCGGGCACCCGCCGCAUCGUCGUCCUCCUCCUCCAACCCUCGCGACCGGGAGGCCGACAGCACCGGCAGCGACCCCAAAUCCAGCUCUGCGGGGGCCGCGGCCUCGGGGAAGUACCGGCCGGCGUGGAGGCCCCGCAGGGAGGCGCUCAACAUCGACAGCAUCUUCACGCGGCGCAGGCAGGGCGGCUACAGCCCGCUGGCCACCCCCCAGACGGGCCACGCCAGGACCCCUGUUGUCGCCGCCGCCACCUCAGAGGAGGAGCGAGGCGCCGCCUUGCUGAGCCAGCAGGAGGUGACGGCGAGCUCCUCCAGGACGCUCCCCGCCGCCGCCUCCUCCCCCAGGGAAGCUUACGCGAUUAGAGGGCAGCCGCCGCCACCUCCGGGGCUGAUCCAGAGGAUGGAGAGCGGAUACGAGAGCAGCGACAGGAACAGCAGCAGCCCCGUCAGCCUGGAGCUCAACUCGCUGGAGCGGGAGAGUGUGGCCGGGCAGCCAUCAUCUUCCGGACCGUCGUGCAAGAACGCGAGAUCCAAGAGUGACGGAGCACUGCUGCAGGACGUCAGCUCGGCCACUAGAGGGGGCGCCGCACCGCCCGCAGGCCGCAGCGAACUGGACGAGCUUCAGGACGAGGUGCUGAGGAGGGCCCGAGAGGAGGAGCGCCUGCGGCAGCAGGAGAAGGACAGGGAGGCCAAGCUCGAGUUCAACCCCAGACCCAGCAAGUACCUGGACCUGGACCAGCUGCAGAUCCAGGGCAAAGGCGACAAUCUCGAUCGGUGCCUGUCGGAGGCGGAGCUUCUGCUGGACCAGUCGGUGCGUCUGGAGAAGGCGGGCGAAGUCGCCGCCGCCCUCUCGGCCGUCAACGAAGCCAUCUCUAAGCUCAGGCUGGCGAGUGAGGGCGGCUCUUGCGGUCACGGUCGACUGCAGCGUGGCAUGAGGAGAGCGCGCGGCAGGCAGCAGCGGCUGCUGUUGUUGCAGCAGCAGUACCAUCAUCCUCCUCAUCAUCCUCAUCAUCAUCAUCAUCAUCAUGACCAGCAGCAGCUGCCCAGUGAAAAGCCUGUCUCGCACCAAAUAUUUCUGACGGACACUUGUGACGACCAAUCAGCGUCCAGCCAAGACCGGCAGGGCCCCGUCCAGCCAAGACCGGCAGGGCCCGCCUCUCCCUCUUCCAUCUCUCCCGCCUCCUUGUCCCAUCACGGACGUGGCCUCCCACACCGGCUCCUCCUAUGA